AUGGGGAAACGCGCAAUUGCCGACGUGAUCGCCGACGAGGCGUCUGUGAAGCGCGACGCUCUUUCCAGGAAGAAGAGCAAGAAGGAUAAGAGUGAGAAGCGAGAGAAGAAGUCCGCUGCCGUAGAGUCGGAGGCCACUACCAAUGGCACAUCUACUCCCAUGGAGGUGGAUGAGACGGUGAACGGCGAGGAGGAGUUGUCGAAGGAAGAGCGCAAGGCCGCAAAGAAAGCACGACGGGAGGCAAAGGAGACAAAGAAGGCCGCAAAAGCCCAGGAUGACACUGCGGAAGGUGCUGAGGACGAUGGAUCCGCCGCGAAGGCUGCGCGCAAAGCCGCGCGCAAGGCAGAGAAGGCCGCAAAGAAGAAGUCAAGCAAGGCAACUGAGGGCGAGAGCACCGCCGCUUCGUCUGCGAUUCCAUCCACUGUACAAUCCUCUGCGACCAGCCCGGAACCGACCUCCAACACAGAUGGUCUCUCGUACGAAGUGAACAAGGAUCUGGCAGCCCUCCCGCAGUCGGAAAUCGAUUCAUACCUCACCACUCACGCAGUCACUGUCGAAGAUCCUCGAUCCCAGAAUCUUCGUCCCAUCAUGAAGUUCGACUAUCUGCCAGUGACUGACGAGGGUCAACGCGCUCCCUUCAAGUCUUUCGCAGCGCCCACGCCUAUACAAGCAGUAACAUGGCCCGCACUGUUGUCUGGGAGAGAUAUGGUUGGAGUUGCCGAGACUGGUUCUGGCAAAACGUUGGCCUUUGGUGUGCCAUGUGUGCGCUACAUUACGUCCCUGCCGAAAAAGCAGCAAAAGGGUGUCAAGGCUGUCAUCGUUUCGCCGACCCGAGAGCUCGCCGUUCAAAUCCAUGACCAACUUGUGCAACUUGCUACGCCAGCAGGCCUCUCCGUGGUCUGCGUGUACGGCGGUGUACCAAAGGACCCUCAGGUCAGAGCCAUCAAGACUGCAUCAAUUGUUGUCGCAACGCCUGGCCGUUUGAACGAUUUGAUCGGGGACGGCUCGGCCGACCUAAGCAGCGCAGGGUACGUUGUUCUCGAUGAAGCGGACCGAAUGCUCGACAAGGGCUUCGAAGAAGCCAUCAGACAGAUCAUCACCCAGACGCCGAAGAAGCGGCAAACACUCAUGUUCACGGCGACUUGGCCACCCUCGAUUCGUGCGCUGGCGUCCACUUUCAUGCAGUCACCCGUGAAGAUCACGAUCGGCGACAACGUCUCGGGCGAACUCCGUGCCAACGUACGCAUCAAGCAGUUGGUCGAGGUCGUGGACCCUCGCGGCAAGGAGCAACGUCUUCUACAACUCCUGAAACAGUACCAGUCGGGCAAGAACACAGAAGAUCGUAUUCUCGUAUUCUGCCUCUACAAGAAGGAAGCUGUGCGCAUCGAAAGCUUCAUUCGCAUGAAGGGUUUCCGAGUGGGAGGUAUCCACGGCGACCUCAGCCAGGACAAGCGCAGUGCUUCUCUGCAGGCAUUCAAAGACGGCUCAAUCCCUCUUCUGGUAGCGACCGAUGUUGCCGCCCGUGGUCUGGACAUCCCGGCCGUCAAGCUUGUGAUCAACGUGACCUUCCCUCUAACGGCCGAGGACUACGUACAUCGCAUCGGCAGAACUGGCCGUGCCGGUAAAGAAGGUCUUGCAAUCACCCUGUUCACAGAACACGACAAGGCUCUGUCUGGAGCGUUGAUCAACGUUCUGAAGGCUGCCAACCAGCCCGUGCCCGAAGAGCUCUUGAAGUUCGGCACGACCGUUAAGAAGAAGGAGCACGGUGCUUACGGAGCUUUCUACAAGGAUGUUGACAUGACCAAGAAAGCUACCAAGAUAUCUUUCGACUAG